AUGGUGUUCACCUAUCGACUACUUGAUAGUGAGCCGAAGAAAGCUUUCUGGGUGACUGUCGAUGCCAUCUCUGUGCAAACUCCGCAGAACGUUUUUAAGGCUGCCCGGGGAAAGAGUGUCACUCUUCCAUGCACCUAUUCCACUUCUGCGCCAGACCGAGAUGGAUUUAUUCAAUGGGAUAAGCUUCUAAGGAGUCACUCGGAAAGAGUGCUCACCUGGAAGUUCUUGGACAAAAGCUACAUCUAUGGGAACCUUUAUGAGAACCGUGUCAACAUAUCAGCCAAAGCUGAGCAGUCAGACGCCUCUGUUACUAUUGAUCAGCUGACUAUGGAUGACAAUGGGACCUAUGAGUGCUCUGUCUCCCUGAUGUCAGACCUGGAUGGUACCUCUAGGUCACGCAUCUGCCUCUUGGUCCUUGUGUUACAGCGGAUUGUGAAUACGGUAGCAGGAACCCAGUAUGAAUGCCUGAUUCGCCCCACACCCCUCCAUCCCAAGGGCCAGGGAACCCCUCGGCCACCCAGUCUAGGUCAAGGCCAGGAAGCCACCUGGCCCGGGGACUCGGACCCUGCGCUGCAGGCAGAAUCGACGGUAUCCCCGGCCUUUGGCACCACCUGGCGUCUGCAGCGGGAGCCACAGGUGGCGGAGAGGCCUGAGGGCCAACACUCCCGACUCUCUCCCUGUGAUUUCUCCCUUGGGAAAUACUCAGGUGACAUCUACGUUCUGCGUAGAAG